UCAGCAGCCUGCUCUCUCUCUCCCCAGCGUUCCAUGUUCCAUGCACUUGAAUGAGCAGAGCUCUACCUUGGGAUGGCGAUUUCAAGAAUUCGAAGUUCCCGGUUUUAGGCGGCUCGCAAACUCUUGAAGUGCUCCGGAACCUUCGAGCGUCAUGCAGAAAUAUGAGCGACUCGAGAAAAUCGGAGAAGGCACAUAUGGAACAGUGUUCAAAGCGAAGAAUAAAGAAACUCAAGAGAUCGUCGCCUUGAAAAGGGUCCGGCUCGAUGACGAUGAUGAGGGUGUGCCUAGCUCGGCUCUGCGGGAAGUUUGCCUCCUGAAAGAGUUGCCUCAUAAGAACAUCGUUCGACUCCACGAUGUUCUGCACUCGGAGAAGAAACUCACGUUGGUCUUCGAGCAUUGCGAUCAGGACUUGAAAAAAUACUUCGACUCGCUCAACGGCGAAAUAGAUCCUGAUGUUGUCCAAUCGUUCAUGUUCCAACUCUUGAGAGGCUUGUCUUUCUGUCAUAGCAACAACAUCCUCCACCGAGACCUGAAACCACAGAACCUGCUCAUCAACAAGAACGGGGAACUCAAAUUGGCGGAUUUCGGUCUGGCUCGCGCAUUCGGAAUCCCGGUUCGAUGCUAUUCGGCCGAAGUGGUGACUCUGUGGUAUCGACCACCCGAUGUGCUGUUCGGAGCCAAGCUCUACACGACGUCCAUCGAUAUGUGGUCCGCGGGCUGCAUUUUUGCGGAACUAGCCAACGCUGGGCGUCCUCUAUUCCCGGGAUCCGACGUCGACGACCAGCUGAAACGAAUUUUCAAAUUAUUGGGAACGCCGACCGAGGAUACAUGGCCCAACAUGUCGAAACUACCAGAGUAUAAAGCUUUCCCAAUCUACCAUCCCGCGACGAGUUUCUCUCAGGUAGUGCCUAAACUCAAUCCGAAGGGCCGGGAUCUUCUUCAGAAAUUGCUGGUCUGCAAUCCCCAGGGAAGACUCUCAGCUGACGAAGCCAUGUUGCACUCUUAUUUCCAAGAUCUUCCGGCACACAUCGGCAACAUGUGAACAAGGGCAACGAUGCUCUAAUCCAUGAAGCCUGUCGGAUUCUAAGACUUGCGCAACAGCUAGUUGGAGGCUUCCAUCGAUGGACUUCUUCCGGGCUGGUCCAUGAGUCUGAGCUCGGUCGAGAUCCGGAAUCUCGGAUGGAUAUGCAGCAAAUCGCGGAGAUAUGUUGAUGUAUUUGAUUUGCAAAGCUACAGUCCAGCGUAUCACCAGCGGAUCAGAUUUUCGAGGUACAUAUGUAUGUUGAGGAUUUUUUUCCGAGCGAAUAAAAUGAG